UCUCGGCCGAGUCGGUUGUGUCGAUCGUUCGUUCCCGAAAAAGUGAGGGAACAAAUUUCGUUUUUUCCCCGUCUCUGUCGCAAGACGCCACCACCAUCAACUUCUGACGAAUACAAAAUAUUAAUUCAUCCGUCACAAACUUCAUCAUUGGGGAUUACUUGUGUGUUUUGUGCUCUGCGUUUCGACACGCAUCAACUUAUCUGCAAUUUAAAAAAAGAAAAACAAAAAUUGACUUUUAACGGUUUCACGUUCGAAUUUUGUGUUUCUUGUUUUUCUCGGCGCGGCCAUGUUGUCGCGCAAUCUCGAAUUGUACAACAACUCUGCCGCCGCAGCCGCGACGACUAACGUCUUGAUGCUACGCGGCGACACGGAUUCAAAAACUCUCACCAACGUCGUAGAACGACCAGUAACGAUGGCGACAGGAGCACCUGCAUCGUCCUCGGGCGUCGCGACGCCUUCCUCUCAGAUGGCGCUGAUGGACUGCGAGACCUUUGGGCGAACCUACGUCGUCGGUCACGUUCUUGGGAAAGGAGGAUUUGGGACCGUCUACGCGGGUAAUCGCAUCCGCGACGGACUUCCCGUUGCCAUCAAACACAUCCACAAAAGUUCCGUCACCACGUGGAGUCAUGUGAAUGGCGUCAGAGUUCCGCUGGAAUUCUGCCUCCUACGCCAAGUGGCGCACGUCCCGGGCGUUGUCCGAUUAUUGGACGCCUGCGACGCCGAUGACGUCUUCGUUUUGGUGAUGGAACGAGCUGAAUCAUCUCAAGAUCUUUUCGAUUUUAUCACCGAACGAGGAGCCUUGCCGGAACACGCGGCCAAGAACUUUUUCCGCCAGGUGGUCGAGGCCGUCGUCCAGUGUCAUCGAGCCGGAGUCAUCCACCGCGACAUCAAGGAUGAAAACAUCUUAGUGGAUUUAAAAACGCAUUGUCUGAAACUGAUCGACUUUGGAUCGGGCGACUACCUCAAGGAUGGCGUCUACACUGAAUUUGACGGUACGAGAGUCUAUUCACCGCCAGAAUGGAUCCGACACAGGAGAUACCACGGACGGCCGGCUACUGUUUGGUCGCUGGGCAUUUUACUGUACGACAUGGUCUGUGGUGACAUCCCAUUCGAGCAAGACGAUCAAAUUGUUCGGGCGACCGUCAACUUCGUGACUCGAAGUCCCGGACGUCUUCGUCUAUCGCCGCAGUGCGAAGAUUUAAUCCUCCGCUGCUUGGAGUAUCGACCAACUGAUCGGCCGUCUUUGGAACAAAUUCUCGCCCAUCCGUGGAUGACUUCAUCGGAAAUGCUUCCACCUUCGGGCGUCCACGUUUUAACUCAAUCGACAGUCGAUGCGGUUUCCACGGCCACGAUGAUUCCCGUUCCGUGCGUGUCCCCUCCGCCAGCUCCGGCCUCUACACCGUGCAGCCCAAUCGCAAUGUCUUUGACGGAAGCUUUGCUCAGUACGACGACAGCCGGUACGACGACGACGGGCAUUCCGGUGCCUCAACGGAGAGCACAUCAUCACGUAGCCAUUAGCAACGGUCUGCCCAGUUCGUUUGGCGGAUCGUUACCUUCGUCUUGUAAUUCCUGUUCGUCUUGUUCGUCAUCCGCCUCCUCCUGUUCCGACUUGGGUUCAUCGUCCAGCUCGUCGGCCUCGUCUCAAUGUUAUCACCAUCAACAUUAUCCACCACCAGUGCGGCCCGGAAUUCUAGCGGCAGCAGCUGCCGCUGCCGCCGUGGCCGGUAGCGCCAAAAGCGGAUCAGUUUCGGCCGCUGCGGCGGGCGAUUUCGCCUUUUAGUUUUUUUAAUGUUUUUGUAAAUAUUUUUGUCUGUAAAAAAAAAUCCCCGCCCACAGUUUUGUUAUGAUCACAAUAAUGUUUCAUUUUUUUUUUUUUUGGUUUUUGCGUGUGUGCCAUGCUGCAGCAAAAUAAGAAAGAAAAAAAAAUGUGUAUUUUUUAACAGUUCAUUACUAUUCCUCCUACUUCCGCUGUGUGUCGAGGACUCGCUUUGUCGGGAAAAAGAAAACCCUGGUCACUCGGUUCUAUUCGCGUGCGUGUUUUGUAAUUUAUUGACGUAGUCAAAUUUGAUUUUCCUUUUUUUCCUGCCUUUUCUUUGGUAAUGUCCCUCCUUCUUAAUUUUUUUUUUCGUGUUUAGAAAGAAAAAAAAAGAUGAAAUAAAGCAAAACUGCAAUGCAACUAAAUUAUCAUCAAAAUGUGCUCUGAUGCGGGGCUUGAAUCCCCCCGCCGUUUUGGGCGUUUUGAAUGAACUCGAUAUAAAUAUAUAUAUUAUACAUCCAUUUGACUGUGUGUGUGUGUGUGUAUGUGAAUGUACAUAGAAUUUCAAUGAUGACGUAAUGCGAUAUAUCAAAAA